AUGUCCAAGAUCGACCCUAGGGCCUCAUUUGGGCCCGACUCUCCUCAUGACGAUGAGAGCGAUGACGACAUUUCAGUUACAUCCACAGUAACGGGGCAUGACCCCGACCAGGAAUUCGGCGUGGAGAAUAUCCUAGCCCAGCGCCUAUUCGAGGAUGGCAACAUGUACUACCUCGUAGAAUGGACAGACUUUCCAUUAUGGGAGAGCACUUGGGAACCAGAAUCCAAUAUCGGCGCCGAUCUUAAAGCCAUUUGGGAAGAGGACAAGGCCAAGCAUGCCACCGGCGAGCUGAAACCCUUCGAUGUUCGUAGGUUUGAGGACGCGCAGAAACAGGCGAAGAGUGAGAAAAUGGCGCGUCACCGCCGCCGAAAUCGAAAGCGACAAAGGUUGGGCUUGAAACUCACAGAACCGUUCGACAAGGAUUCCAGCGACGAGGAAGCCGUGGAGGAGGCCGGGAUCGAGGCUAUACUCCCAGAACCUGCGCAAGCAGCGCGGCCUCAAAGUCAGCAGAAGAAUACAAAAGAGGUCUCUAGCUCUGGGGUUGCGGUUACCCCUGCUCCAACACCGGUUGUUGGUAGUUUUCAGCUGCCGAACGAGGUCAAGCGGACCAGGGGCACGGCUCAGGAACUACCAACAGAAUCGUCCUCGGCUAUAAGCACCAAGAGAAAACAAACUGCACCCCCAUCUCCGCAAAACACAGGUUACCAGGGGACCGCCAGGCCCACGAGAAAAGUUCCUGCAGAUGCAGUGCCGAAAUCAAAAACGAGGCCGACAAUUUCCAUACCAACAUCAGCCAGGCCAAUUACUUCCAACACCCGUAGGACUCUGACGGCUAAGAAAAGCACAACACAGCCAACGGGCAAUAUCUUUACGAGUGGCAAAACUAGGAAACCCCGGCCCAGUCUUAAGGAUACGAUGUCUGAUCCAACGAGAGAGCCGAAGUUGUUUGCCAAACAUCGCCAGGUUAGACAGGCCUACCUGAGGGGCCGCGACAAGGAAGACAUUGCUCCUGAUGUUUCACAACUUGAUCUGCUCGACCUCCGCAGCAAACAAACUAUCAGCAGACAGAACUCAGGGGGCUCAGUCUUGAGCCCUACUCAGGUACUUUCUCCACAGCAGGAAACUCCCUCGCCAUUAGAACCUCCACAAACACGGAUGUCUGCUCUGAUCAGCCCAAGGUCGACUCUCGCAGACUCGGGAGCGCCACGGCCGAAGAAAAAACGAAAGUCUGUACGGUUUCUGGACGAUGAUGAAGACCAAUCUGUUAUUGUUCAAGAACCGGAACAGAUGGAUAUUGAUGGCCCUACCAUCCGAGAAUCUCCGCAAACAUUCCAUCCUCCUCCUGGCCGGCAAAGACUCAGCCCGGACCUGGGCUGUUGGACGCCGCCGAUUCAAAGCAACCAGAGCUCGGACAAAGAGUUGGUGCUCGGCCAGUCUUCAGUAAACGUCACCUUCAAUGGCCUCCCUCGAGAACCAAUGGACCAGCGACCAUGGCUUUCGGAUUUCUUGGCGAAAAAGUCCCUUGAAUUCAAGCAUACUUGCUUUUCAGAGACGGCCGCGGCCAGGAUGAGCGGCCUGGUGCAAGAGCAACUUGCUAGCGGGACAAUUGUGUCGAAAGAGAAUGAACGUUCUCUGGGGCGGAUGUCAGAAAACUUAACGGCUGGCUUGCUGGCCCUUUAUUAUGGCCAACCAGAGUACAAUGUCUUGAUUUACCCGACGAAAUGCGACGAGUGGAAAGCAAUUCUUCCUGGCUUACAACCCGCGAGCCCAUCUGAGGAAACCCUAGGAUACUUCAUAUUCGCCUCCUCAGGAAACCUCGGGCUUGUGUUGCCGCCAACGGCCCCUCCCCCGGCUUCUCGAGUGGGUCUUGGGGACUCAGAGAUAAAGUCCGAAUACAAGGGCGAUGUCUCGGCACGAGCGGUGUUGAUCAAGCGGCUUUUUAAUUUCGAUUACGAGAAACUUCUUCCGAGAGCGCUGCUCCAGAGACCACCUCACGAGCAUGCCUUUUUCCUAGCGAUCCCAGGGUCCCAGAGGGAAAUCGGACAAGCACUUUACCACUGGCUACGCAGCAAGAACCCCGAAUGCCAGGUCUAUACGAGCCACGACGCAGGAAGCUGGGAUAUCUUUAGAUCCCGAGCCGAAAGCAUUCCCGGCGUGCUAAUCAUCCACGAGAUGCUGGCAUGGAGCUUGCGCCGGUUUCCGAAUCUCUCGCGAUAUCUCAUCACGAGAAAUGACGAGUAUUGGUGUAUCUCCGAGCCGGUCCACAAUCCGCCCCUCUACCCGUCCAUUGCGAUACCUGACUAUCCAACGCCCUCCGAGGGUAUACAGCUUGCACGCCUGUUCCCGUACCGCACAGCCAUCUUGAUCACGCCAAGCUUCCUGGUGUCCGAACCCCGGCGCUCACUCGAAUUUUUCAACUGGUUCUCGCAAUGGACCGGGAGGUUGUACUACCGCCUCGUCACCGCCUACAAUAUCCACGAGUACCUCUCAGAGUUGGCUGACGAGAGGUACCUGGCUCGGAAGGAGCUGCUGAACUCUCCGAGCGAUAUGCAGUUCGACGUCGAGGCAAAUCUCCAUGGACUGAGCCGAGAGGACUGCAGCUGCCGGCGCGAGGUAGCUAGUUUGGCUGCUGGACUGCACUGUGAGCGGAUGAUACAGGCGGGGCCGUUUGCCCAUGAUGAAGACAACAGUCCCGUCGUCUAUGCCGACUCAUCGAUCGAUCCGAAUGAUGAACAGAGUCUAGUCAACUGGUUUGGUUGGUGGGCCACACUGCGAGCUGACCAGUUCCGCAAGUUCCACGUUAUCGGGUCGAGCCAGACAAUCAAGAUGCCUGGGUGCAAGAGAGGCGAGCGGCGGGUUCGCAUACCGAAGUACUCAAAAGUCACGUUCAAUGAACCCGAUGCGGUUUUGGAAGUCAUCCAAGAAAGGAACGACCAAGUUGAGGCGUCAGGAGUCGAUACAGAUAGACAUGACGGCAGCGUGCAGACCGUUCGCCCCGCCCGGGGCGAACAUGGUUUUAACCAGGGGCGUUGGGCGUUCCGAAGCAACCUCAUCAAAGUGGAGGACACGGCCUGCUUUGCUGCUUAUCUCAACAGUCUAACUUCUUUGAACGGCAGCAAAGCACAAUGGGGCCUGUACAAGUUUCCUGUCUCUUGGCUAGACUUGGAAAUGGCGGGGUAUUUCGGCGACCACAGCUCCAGGUGGCGUAGAAUUUCGGAGUGGUUCAAGUUUACCUUUCCCUUUGCAGGUUGUCAAGGGGACGGCGGACCUUCCAAACCGCUCUUCGGUUACAAUACCUACGCCGGCAUCUUCUAUGCCCCAUCGACAAGGAAUGGGACCCACCUGACACCGAGCCUCCAUUGCUACCGUAGGAACGCCACCCCUGGAUCUCUAUUACACGGCCGGUCAACCCGCAUACUCCAGCAAAUCCAAUAUGUCAAUAUCCACGGCGAAGAAAAGAAAUUCGACCAGCCCGAGGAGGACGCCCCCAUGGACCUGGACAGCUCCUCAGUCAGCGGCGACGAAGACGCCGGAGCCGAAGAAGACGACAACACCCGCGUCAUCUUCCACCCGCCCCGCGGCCACCGCUGCCCCAACAGCAAGUUCCAGGUUGGUGGCGCGUUCCGCUCACGCUGCAUCAACCGCCUGUACGAGGAGGCCCGGCUGGCGAAGGCGCGGGCCCGGGAGGGCGGCGACGGCUCCCCCCCGACGCAUAUGAGGUAUGCGUAUGUGCCCACGAUGGAUUGGUACCGCGAGCAAAAGACCGAGGGCAGGGCGUUCGCGCAUGUCAAUGUGGAUUCGUGGGAGGCGGUGUUUGGGUUGUUGAAGAUUGGGGCGGGGAAGAAGGAGGGGGGGGGUGCAGAUAGGAGCGCCCCUGGCAGUGGUGGGCAUUCGGCUGGUGGAGGAGGUGGCGGUGGUGGGUGCAGUGAUUCGGGUGGGGGCAGAGGUGCGCGGGAGAGCUGGGCUGGGAGUGUGGUUGGUGGUGAAAGGGUACCGGUCGGGUCCCGGAUAGGAAUUGGGUUCGUGAGUGCGUUGGAGGGUGUGGUACGGGAGGGAAAAGAACGGAAGCCGGCGUUGUUCUGGUCAACUCGAUGA